UGAAAGUCGACAGAUUGAGAGGACAUUUUUUGCAGCGCAGGCCCCUGUGAAGAAACGUACGCCGCGCACUUCCCUCCCUCUCAGUGACGCACGGAGCGCAGCCAGAGGAACGAACCUCCAGUGGUGCAAAGAGGAAAGGGAGAAAAGAGAGACGGCGAUAAAGAAGGAGAGAGAGAGGGGCCGUCUGUGGUGAAAGAUGAUAGAAGGGGCGUGCCAAUUAUCAAGGUUUUUGGAUCAGUACGCGCGUUUCGGAGAGCACAUGGCAACGCACCGGAUCAAUUACGCAGCGUCACGGUGCCGCAGCAAGGGAAGAAGGGCUCCCUGAGGUGCUGCUGCUGUUUAUCCCACCCCGUCCUGUUCGGACUGAGCUGGGACGGGGGGACUUAUAUGCGGGACAGUCAGAAGUUCAGCUGGAAACGCGUGGUGGUGGGAUGCAGGGCCUGAGCUCGCGGGCGCACGCCUUUUCGGUGGAGGCGCUGGUGGGGAAGCCAUGCAAGAGGAUGAAAGUGUCGGAGAGACAGGACUCGGGUUCAGGUGGAGGCCCCGGCAGGGACGGGAGCAUCUGCACUGACCAGUCGGAAAAUCCCGCAGGACAAACGACUAAAACAGGUGGUUCAGGAACUUGGAGAGCGGAGGACUCCCCCGGGAACGAGGCUGGACAGACGGACCGAUCAGAGACCGAGGACUCCGAGGAGAACAAGCCGCUGGAGAGCGACUCCCGGCCGGACAGACACGUGCGAGUGGAGCUGCAGGGCUGCGAGCUGUGGAAGAGGUUCUAUGAGAUCGGAACCGAGAUGAUCAUCACUAAAGCUGGCAGGAGGAUGUUUCCGUCCGUGCGCGUCAAAGUGCGCAAUCUGGACCCAUGUCAGCAGUACUACGUUGCCAUGGACGUGAUGCCCGUGGACUCCAAGCGCUACAGGUAUGUGUACCACAGCUCCCAGUGGAUGGUGGCGGGAAACACGGACCACUCCUGCAUCUCCCCCCGGCUCUACGUGCACCCGGACUCACCGUGCACGGGAGAAACGUGGAUGCGUCAGGUCAUCAACUUCGACCGGGUCAAGCUCACCAACAACGAGAUGGACGAUAAGGGGCAUAUAAUUCUUCAGUCGAUGCAUAAAUACAAGCCGCGCGUGCACGUCAUCGUGCACGACCCUCGGAUGGACCUGUCUCAGAUCCAGUCUCUACCAGCUGAAGGAGUUCACAGCUUCUCCUUCCCAGAGACGGAGUUCACCACGGUCACGGCCUACCAGAACCAGCAGAUCACCAAACUGAAGAUCGACAGGAACCCCUUCGCUAAGGGCUUCAGGGAUCCAGGAAGGAACAGGGGGGUACUGGACGGUCUGCUGGACUCGUAUCCCUGGAGAGGUCCUUUCAGUUUGGACUUUAAGCCCUUCACCAUCCAGCUCCAAGGAAGCACCGGAUCUCAGACGAGUGGUGUGAAGAACCUCCUUCCUCCCUCCUCCUCAUCUCUUCUCCCACUCCCCUGCCCGGACGCCGCUCUCCAUGCUCUGGCUCUCCCUCUCUGUGGGAAGACGACUCCCUCCUCCCCCCCGCUGCCUGGCCGAGCCUUUUCCCUGGGAGCAGACAGACUGAGAGGCCUCCCCCUGCUGCCUCCUCUAACAGACCUCCCGCUUCUCUCUGCGCUGCAGGGGAAGAAACCCCUCCACUGCAGGGACCCGUGUCCUCACGGCUCCCCUGGGAGCUCCCCGUGCCUGGUCCCCCUCCACAAUCCCCUCAGCUUCCAGGGGUCCCCUCUCCUCCCCCGUCUCUCGGAAGCUGCAGGCUCCUACUGUCUGUACAGCUACAGCUUUCCCCUGAGCCCCCAACUCACAGCCAUUUCCAGACAUGCCAAACUAGCCGAGGACACCACAGACUUUCUGCUGCGGCAGUCUGCGUGGCACUCGACCUCCAACCACUGCCUCUGACAGCUGCACCGCAGGACAGAGCUCUGACUCACUGACUGGAACAAACCAAAGUUUGUUUAAAAAAACCUGCAAAAUAUGAAGGAAAUUGUUUCUGUUUGAGCAAGACUGAUGCAGGAGGCUGCCCGUGGGGACAACUGUGUUUUUAAAGAGUCGGGAUGAUGACAAGACUAAUAAGUGUUUCCAUUUUAAAAUUUGGCUUCUGCAAAGACCAAAAACCAUCGAGUCCAGUCAGAGCAUUCUCACCGGAUGUGGUGCGACGCGGUUCCAGAUGCGAAGCUCUGGAAAGUUUCCGCAUGGAGUCCAUUUUUGUCAUGUGAGAUGUUAUGAAGUUUAAGAAAUUCUGAGGAAGGAAGUGAGACGUGGUUCAGCAAGGUGCAUCCGGUUUAUUUCAAAAUAAAACCCGUGUUCAAGUA